AUGACGACAACGCCCACUCCAUCGGUUGAGCAACAACAGCAGAGCAGCCACCCGGUUAAGCUGCCCUUACUCCGACCUACCAUCUCGUUCUAUUGUAUGAUCUCGGACGGCACGCUCACCGACAUUUCGAACGGCCUCGGCGUCGCGGCCAUGGUCCUCAUCGUGGUCUAUCACUUUGUCGCCGUCAACGGCAAGCGCAUGCAGGACUAA